AUGAUGGUUUCUACUACCGAUUCACCAUAUGAGAAUAUCAUAGAGAAUGCUGAAUUGCGUGUCUUCGAUCUUCUUCAUUCUCUUGAAUGGCAGCUUCACUCUGAGAAGCGCUAUGGAUCUAUUUGGACAAUGAAGUGCAAUGUGAUGAACAAUUAUAUUUAUCGCUAUGAAGGAUAUAUACCCAACAGAAGUUGUGCUGAGGUUUCUGCGAUGAUACAUCCUGAAGGCUUACAUCGCUCCAAAUGGGAUUCUCAAUCUGCUGGGACAACUGUUGUUCAAGAAUUCAAUGACAACACCUCCAUUAUUCUUCACAAAACCCAUCCUAGACUGAUGGGAUUGAUAUCAGCUCGCGAAACUGUUGAUUUGUGCAAAUUUAAGACUGAUUCUUUGGAUGGUAGUAGAACUGUAGUUAUGGUGAGUGUUGAGAACAGCAAUGUUCCAGCCAAUCCGGGAGUCGUCCGUGGAAAUACAUAUCCAACUCUUCUCAUGCUUAAUCCUUUAGGAAGUAGUGAUACUAAAAUAACAGCAAUUCUUCAUGCUGACAUGCGUUUGAAAAAUGUUCCAAACUCUGUUGUCGAUGCUUUUGCUCCAAAGGGAAUUAUGACAUUCUUUGAAGACCUUAUCAAAUACGCAGCAAACGAAAAUAAUAAAGUCUCAUUGAACCAUAAUUUAACCGGAUGGAAUGGUACAAACAUUUCGUGCUGA